AUGCAUGCCAUCGAACAGCCAUUUGCUCCAAAACGCGCCGCCUCGAGUGGGUUAGAUCAGGAUUUCUCGUUUCCUGCCGACUCGCGUCCUCCCAAUCCGCCAUUCGUAUUCCCAGCCAGCUCUGCUUCUUCCUCGUCGCCACCCACGUCCAGGCAGCGUCGACGACCAGUCUCCAUGGUAGAUCUUCAGAAUAGGUCUGCGGUGUCUCCGACUACAGAGUCGUCUAGCAGGGCUCAUCGACCAGCAGCGCUUCCACAGUUUAGUUUCAACCCUGGCGCAGCCUUGUCCACAGGUCCUGAAUCGAUGACGGCUCUCAGCCCUCCAAUUACACCAGAUUCAGCCAGGGCCUUCCCAUCACCGUUACGGCCCGCCGGGCAUGGACACCGACGUGGAGGAAGUGAGUUUGUGGGGGGCAGCAUUCGAGACGGUAGUUCUAUUGCCAUCAUGAGCACCAGCCCAACCAAAUCGGAGAGUGGUUUCGCUUCUCCGGGACUUCACCCACCGCGUAGAGGCCAUCGGCGUGGCGUCUCUGGCACGAUAUCUACCAACGAGCUACCUAUUCUCCAUCCGCAGCCCGACUUUUUAAGACCAAAGGGAAGCAGCGCGCCAAAUAGCCCAACCGCAUUCAAUCCAAAGGAAGGUACUCUUUUGCCCAUAGACCACCAACCUCCUCCACUGCCAGAGCCUGCCAAUCCUAUUGCGCCGCAGCCGUUCAACAUGACCGAGAAGAACACAAUCAGCAACCACUCUGUAACCACAUCAUCUUCUCUUCCAAAGCCAGAGCCUUCCCUGAGGCAAUCGCGACCGGGGAGGGCUCGAGUUGGAUUCUCGGACACACUAGAAUUUAUUCCCCGGCCACUGUCACUGGUCUCUAGCGACACAUCAAGUACAAUGACGGCUCGCCCGGGGCAUUCCGUGUCUGGCAGCAUAUCUUCCCUUGUUUCCGCUGCUUCCCCUGGAGGCCGCGAAAGUCCUGCAUCUCUUGCUCGAAGUCCUACCCGUGAGAUGGUGGACUCCAGACCAAGCACGGCUGGUGCUAUUUUGGAACGCACUACUGAUUUUAAGGCUGCCAGCGGCGGAGUUAGCACCUCUCCAAGACGACGAAACUCCAUUCCAACAUUGUUAGAUAUGGCCAACUCGCAGCCCAUCAGUGCAACACCGCCUAGUCCAACAAAGACGCCGAAGAGGUGGUCUUUCUUUGGCUUGGAACCUUUCAUGGGUUCCACGCCGUCAUCCAAACAUCGGUCUUGCAGUUCUAGUUCCUCAGAGUCCAUCUCGAAGACCGUUCCUGGAGGACUUUCAUCCGAUUCACAUGAAUCUAGCUCGUCGGGUGAUGAAGGCACUGUUGGGGACAGCUCUACUAGCCCUGCUAAAAAGGACCGCAAAAAGACGAGCAAGAAGAAACGAGUGAAAGGUUGGGCUGGAUCAAUAUUACCCCUUCGAAACAAUAAAAAACGGCCAAAGAUGCAUGCAGUGCGCCCACCAACACCUCCGGCGUCGGUAGGUCCAGUUGCAGAUGAAGAGGACGAGAAUGAGGACUGCGAAAUUACACAAAACGAAACGGCAUCCGCGCCAGCACCUCCUAUCGUUACAGUAACUGAAUCACCACCUCUUGAAGAACCUAGUGUCCCCAAACGACGGUCCGAGGAAGAGAGCUCGUACCCUAUGAUUGACUUGGAUGCUGCUCUUGGUCCUUUCAAUACGCCGUUGCCUCACAAUCCGGAGUGGGAUGCAGCACAGCGAGCAGCUGGUUUGGUCAACAAGCGCCGACUACACAGCGCACAGGGUUUGAAAGGGUUUAGCGGACCCGGUAUGCACUAUCAUCGCCGGACAGAAUCAGCGCCAGAUUUGCCACCAUUUGAUCCAGGCCGCGCUGGCAUUAGUCGGUUUGGUAGCAGCUCUACAAUGGCAGACGUGUUUGAAGAGGAGGAAGAAGAACAAGAAGAAGAGGAGGAGGAGAGUGAAAACAAGCCAGAGCAGGCCGAAGUUGCUCUGAAUGAGGUCGGCGCCCAAAAGAAUGACGAUUCAGACGGGGAGAUGACGCCACCCGCAACAGAACUCAUCACAGCAGAUUCUUUGAUUCCUGGUGUGGAUGAGCUGACAGCUGCGGCAGUUCAUCGCAACGCAAGCUCUGGCACAUGCAACACUGACCACUCGACUUCUGCCCAUGCAGUUCGCACAGAAUGCUCCAGGACGUCGCUGCACGAAGACGUUAUUAAUGAAGAGCCUGCGCUCAUCAUUUUCCGCGGUGGUCCGGUCUUGCCGGGCUUACCAGCUGAUCAACAUGGUUCAACUUCGUCUUCUCCAAGAAUGCCACCUGGACAACGAGAUUUGUCAAUGGUUGAGAUAAAUCAAGCAAUGCCCACCAGUCCAUACUCGACAAGCCAUGCCUCAUCCUACCCCUCACCAAGAUCACCUAUGUCCAUCGACGCCCAGCGAAUCUCUACUGCCCCCUCGUCCGUCACCGAUGAGAACAGCUUCCAUUCGCUGCUGAUGGGUGAACCUGGUCCUGAAGUGCGGAUCUCAGUUGACUACGAUAUUCCGUCACUGACCUCAAGCAACUCGACAAUGACUCGAGACAGCGCCUUCAUACCCAGUGCACGCAUGUCGCAGCCAAGCCUCCGGGAGCAACGUCCAUCGUCAGUUUCCUCGGCCGCUUUCGGACGCCGUCGAUCGAGUCUUGUGUCACUGAGCCGACUCAUCAGCAGCUCACACGGCGAGAGGAGUAAACUUUCCAUGGAAGUGACCUUGGAAAAUGAGGCAGAAGGCAGAAGAAGUCGGUCAAAGAGCAGCAAGACAAGAAGGCUUGGGCGCAUGAUGCAGUUUUGGAAGCCAAACAAGGAGUCGAGCCCAACGUGA